CAGUUCCUGCUCCGAUCGGUUCUUUGCUUCGCGUUUUCGAGUCAGACGUAUUGUAUGUUCCGCGAGUUAUCCGAAGCAGUGUUCCAAAAUGUUCGGUAAAAAGUAGUCACUGGAUGGGGUCAAUCGAGACCCACGGACGACAAAUAGUGUAAGUGCAUCGGGGACGUGCUGGGAUCGCUCGAAAUGAAACUAUUUCUGCGGGCUAAUUUGUUGGAAAUGACACACAAAGCGAUAGGCAAAGAAGGCAAAGGGAAUACGGAGUUAUACUUAUCCUAUCGGUGGCAGCAGGUGGCUGCAUCGAACAAAGGAACCCGCAAGCGCUUAAUGAAUUGGAAGAAAGGCUCAAAGAAAUCAUGAUGAACUACAAUUGAAAUGGGAACCCAUUCAAUGAAAAAAAAAAAUUAAAAAGUAAAAUUAAAAGCGGUUACAAGUUUUUAAAUUAUAGUUGGUAUGAAUUCAAAAAAGAUUAAGAAGUGUGCCCAGUCGAACUGACAAUCCCACAUCGCUCGGUUAUACGGCAUUCUAAUUAUCCGGCGGACAUCAAAAGGUCAUUCAAAGGACUUUUUUAGACAGUGACGAGAAUGGUGUUGGCUGACAAGCCGAAUGGCGUGAUACAAGUUAUUUUCCUGUGUUUGAUCACCACUUUUGAAUUUCACUCCUCCUCCUCCUCCUCCUCAGACCUGCUUACGGCUCCCGAACAACAGAACGCUGAGGCAACUAAUCUAUUGGUGAGAGAAAAGAGACAAGGUGCAGAAAUUUGUGAUUUUGGUGCGGAGCCUAAUUUGAUAUUCUGCGAUUGGAGUAACAGAAACUCAACUAUAUUAAGAUGGGAGCUGGGUGCAGGAACCUUAGCAAACUGGAUUGGUGGACCCAGUAAAGAUGCAGGCAGUGAUGACAACAGCAAGGGAGGCUAUAUUUUCUUUGAGACUUCUUUGCUAGCUGCACCAGUCUUGCGAGUUGAGGACAUUGGAGUUAGAGAUGGCCAAAAUGCCUACAUUGAAAGUGCCAUUCAGAUGUCAACAGGAGCAGAAGGAAAAUGUGUCUCUUUCAGUUUCUCCAUUGACGGUUUAAGUGCGGCUGGUUUACGAGUCAUUUUGCAGCCAGUCAAAGAUGGAAGACCUGAUGGAUUUUUCCGGGUUCUUUGGGGAACUAAGGACCCUUCAAAUCGAAUGUGGAUGGAGGCAGAAGUACUUUAUACCUAUAAUAGAGACCAUCAAAUCGUUUUCGAAGGUGUUGCCAAAGAGUUACCUGACCCUUUCCGCAAGUUUCGAGGUUUUGUUGCUGUAGACAAUGUGGCUUUAAAACCGGGAUCGGAAUGCCGAGGGCACUGCACCUUUGAGGGUGGUUUUUGCGGAUGGACCAAUGAUGAGGAGGAUGAUUUUGAUUGGUCACUGGGAAGAGGUAGUGAGAACCCGUCCACUGGUCCAGCCACAGACCGAUCCAGCUUCAUUUAUGGUGGCAUCGAAGGCGGCUACGCAUAUAUUGAUUCUUCUUAUCCGCGAAGACCAGGAGAUAUUGCUCGGCUGUCUAGUAUGGAAUUUGAUCCUACCGGACCCGAUACACCAAUAUGCAUGAGAUUUUGGACACACAUGUUUGGCAAUGGCAUCGGAACCUUAACCAUUACCAUCAGCGAUAGGAGGGAGGGGCAGGACAGGGAUAUAUGGAGUUUGUCUGGAGAGGCUGGUAACGGAUGGUACCAAGCAGAAGUUCCCGUCUCCUCUACAAAUCCUUUCAGGAUAGUUCUCGUUGGGAAAGUUGGUAAAAACAAUCUAGGUGAUAUCGCUGUUGACGAUAUCUCCCUGACGCCUGGUGCUUGCCCAAGCUACUUGGUAACGCUAGGUCGGACAGCAGUGCAGAGGCCUGGCGCUAGAGCCUGGUACACAUCAAGGAUCUUUAAAGCCACCACUGCCCCGCGUUGCCUUUCGUUUUGGUUCAUUAUGAACGAGCCAUUUAUUGAUGCAAACGGUCCAAGCUUGGGAGCGGUGAGCAUUUUUACAAAAAACAUUGACAAACAGAACAAUGUUGUGAUGAAGCCAAUUUGGCGACUCUACAACCAUCAAGGCCCAGACUGGCAGUAUGGUCAAGCUUUAAUCAAGGAUCCUAAUGACUCAAUAAUUAUUGAAGGAGUUUGGGGAUCUGCCAGAAUCAACGGGUUCAUUGCAUUAGAUGAUAUCACGUUUUUUGGGGGCUCUUGUUCAACAAUACCAAAAGCAGCAACAGUACGAGUGGGUGAGUGUCGUUUUGAGCGAGACAUGUGCGAUUGGUCGAAUGGGACAGAUAAAACCAUCGCUUCAUGGCGACUGGCAACUAUUACAAGGCGUCCCGCAAACUUGCCUGAUAAAACUUUUGGAGCCCCCGAUGGAUACAUAUACUAUGACUUGUUCAAUCAGAUUCUUGGUAACAAUAUGGUUCGAUUAGUCUCACCAGUGAUACCUGCCGCAGAAGACUCGCAAUUGUGUUUCUCGUUUUGGUAUGCUGCCUUCGGUGCUGGAGAGUCAGCGGUCAUGCAAGUUAUCAAGCAAGACAACAGCUCCAAUGAUGCGCCAGGAGAGAAGGUGUGGUCUUUAGAAGCUAAAAACAUGGAUACUACCAGGCCAACAUGGACUCCUGCGCAAGCAACAAUAGAAAGCAGUAAAGAUUUUCAGAUUGUGCUUGAGGGCCAGGCCACAAAUGGAGGUUUUGCCGUGGAUGAUCUCUCGUUUACUCCGGGAUCAUGUCCAA